AUCAUAGAAGCGUUACUACAUAUAUACGAGUAUGUGCCAAAAUUAAGUUGAGGAAUUGAAAAAUGAGAGAAAGAUUGUGGAGCUAAGAAUUGACUUCGAAACGUUUAUUAUUGUAAGUUUCCUAAUUUUGUAUGUUCCCAUUCUAAUGCAUUUCUGUUAAGCAAGAAAUAAAUUAAGAAUAAGUGGCGGGAAAGAAUGCAUGAUUUACGAUUGAAAAAAAUUAGUUAGACAAGCUUCUAUUCUUGAAAAUCUAGCCUAACUUUAUGCAUUACUUCAACUGUUUCACAAUAGUUGUAUUAUACUGAUUUUCUGCUUUAUGUACAUAUAUUAAAUUUGACAACCAAUAUUUUUAAUUACUCCGUACAUAUUAAAAGAAAUUAUAAAAGUUGCAUAUUUUAAAAAUAUAUAUUGAUAUAUAUAAACCUAAUAACAAUAAAAAAGUUACAAUUAUGUCUUUACAUUUAGUAAUAAACGUAGUCAAAAUUAGUAAAUGAAUAGUGUGAAAAGUCAAAAUGAUUCAUCUAUUGUAAAACGGAUAAAGUAUUAUUACGGCGAUUUAUUUAGUGGAGAAAACUACACUACGUAUUUGCAAAAAUUGAAAUGAACAACUUUCAAUUAAAUGAGAAACUAUAAGAGCAACUUCAAUGGUUAAAAAAAGGACAUGCUCAUAAAAAAUAGAAAUACAUGAGCAGGUAGCCAAUUUAUAUUAUAGGUACGUUAAUAUUCUUUUCACAUACAUCGAUGCUUUUUAACUACGUAUUUGUGUUCUUUGGAUGCACCAUGCUACUGUGCACCUUGGUCCAUAUCUAAAUCGUGACACAUGCAUGGGACGCAUAACAAUACACGGGUGGGUCGCAUGGAGUUAAUAAACACUGGUGUCCAUCAUAUAAAGAUGGUCGUGGACCUGGCCCAAGGACCGAAAUCGUGAGUCGUGGUUCGGGCUACGUUUUUUGGAAGGACAAGGCACGUCAAGGUAAGUAAGGCAAGUACAAGUCUGAAAAGGCAUUGGAUAUAUUAGUUGUUGAGAAGGCCGGACAAGAUGAAUGGAGUUGAAGAGGCAACAAGUUCCUCUGUGGAUGCAAAACACAAUAAUAGAAACGAAGAAGAGAAGAAUGAGAGUAGCACUAGUAAUAAAGUUCCAUUCUACAAACUCUUUGCUUUCGCGGAUUCUACUGAUAAGGCAUUGAUGAUUAUAGGCUCCAUUGGUGCUAUUGCUAAUGGUGUUGCUAUGCCCUUGAUGGCCAUACUUUUGGGUGAUUUGGUUAAUGCUUUUGGCCAAAAUCAAAAUACUAGGGAAGUCAUCCAUGUUGUUUCCCAGGUGUCUCUAAACUUUGCUUACUUGGCUGUUGGAGCUGCAGUAGCUGCAUUUCUUCGUAAGCUUUUAUCUUAUUAUUGCUGUCUUUGGUUUUUUCUAAUAAAAUCAUACAAUAUAACCAUCUUAUUUGUAAUUCUGGCAGAGGUAGCAUGUUGGAUGGUAACAGGAGAAAGGCAAGCAGCAAGAAUGAGGAACUUGUACUUGAAAACUAUACUCGGACAAGAUAUUGCCUUCUUUGACAAAGAAAUCACCACUGGAGAAGUAAUUGGUAGGAUGUCUGGCGACACAGUUCUUAUACAAGAUGCCAUUGGGGAGAAGGUAGGGCAAUUUAUACAGCUGAUAUCAACAUUCAUUGGAGGUUUUGUGGUUGCAUUCAUCAAAGGAUGGCUUCUCACUCUUGUUAUGUUGUCUGUCAUACCCUUUCUUGCUACUGCUGGUGCAUUCAUGACCAUCUUUUUCUCGAGGAUGGCUACUAAGGGCCAAACUGCUUAUGGAAAGGCCGCCAUUGUUGUUGAACAAACUGUAGGCUCAAUAAGGACUGUGGCAUCAUUUACAGGAGAGAAACAAGCUAUUGCGAAAUUCAACAAAGCAAUUGCAAAUGCCUAUACAGCAGGUAUUCAUGAAGGGGUGACUACAGGAAUAGGACUAGGUGUCCUCACAUUUGUAAUCUUUAGCAGCUAUGCUUUGGCCAUUUGGUUCGGCUCAAGGAUGAUUCUACGAGGAGAUUACACUGGUGGCACCGUCAUUAAUGUCAUUGUUGGUGUCAUUAUUGGUUCUAUGUCACUGGGACAGGCAUCUCCAAACAUGACAGCAUUUGCAGCUGGGCAAGCAGCAGCAUACAAAAUGUUUGAGACCAUCAAUCGAAAGCCAGAUAUUGACCCUUUUGAUCCAAAUGGGAAAGUACUAGAUGAUAUUCAUGGAGAUAUUGAGUUUAAAGAUGUUCAUUUUAGUUACCCUACUAGACCUGAUGAACAAAUAUUCAGUGGAUUUUCUCUUAGCAUCUUAAGUGGCAGAACCGUGGCUUUAGUUGGACAAAGUGGGAGUGGUAAAUCGACAGUGAUCAGUCUUAUAGAAAGAUUCUAUGAUCCACAUGCUGGACAGGUUUUGAUUGAUGGAAUCAAUAUCAAAGAAUUUCAACUUAGAUGGAUUAGACAAAAGAUUGGAUUGGUUAGUCAAGAGCCUGUGCUUUUUGGAUCGUCCAUUAAAGAGAACAUUGCAUAUGGAAAAGAUGGUGCUACAAUUCAAGAAAUAAGAGCAGCAGCUGAGCUUGCAAAUGCGGCCAAGUUUAUUGAUAAGUUGCCACAGGGACUAGACACAUUGGUUGGUGAACAUGGGACUCAACUGUCAGGAGGGCAGAAGCAAAGGGUGGCAAUAGCAAGGGCCAUUCUGAAAGAUCCGCGGAUUUUACUGUUGGAUGAAGCUACAAGUGCACUUGAUGCAGAAUCUGAGAGGGUUGUACAAGAAGCACUAGACAGGGUAAUGGUAAAUCGAACCACUGUUAUCGUUGCUCACCGUUUAAGUACAGUAAGGAACGCUGAUAUGAUUGCAGUCAUUCAUCAAGGAAAGGUGGUUGAGAAAGGUGUGCACUCAGAAUUACUCAAGGAUCCUGAGGGAGCAUACUCACAACUUAUACAUUUACAAGAAAUGAGAAAAGAUUCGGAACAUGGUAAAGAAGAAAUUCGGAGCCAAUCUAGUAUGAGAAGAUCAUCUUUAAGAUCAAGGAGUGAAGGAUCCUCAGGGAGAAAUAGCAGCAGUAUUCGUGACUCUUUCUCAGCGGUGUCAGGACUAGCAACUGCAGACGUGGUAGAAAUCCCAAUACAAUCUGUUGUUGCAGAAGUUUCUAUUAAGCGUCUAGCCUCUCUCAACAAGCCUGAAAUUCCAAUACUUAUGGUGGGAUGUCUGUUUGCAAUUGCCAGUGGUGCAAUAUUUCCAGUAUUCAGUAUAAUUUUUGCUAGUGCGAUUGAAAUGUUUUAUAGGCCACCAGAUAUCUUGAGAAGGGAUUCAAGGUUCUGGUCCCUUAUGUUUGUUGUCAUUGGUUUGGCAGCACUGAUAUCGUAUCCAGCUAGAACUUAUUUCUUUUCUGUAGCUGGGUGUAAGUUGAUACGAAGGAUCAGAACUUUAUGCUUUGAAAGAGUAGUGCAUAUGGAGAUUGGGUGGUUUGACGAGGCAGAAAAUUCAAGUGGUACAAUAGGUGCAAGGCUAUCUGCUGAUGCUGCAACUGUACGUGCUUUAGUUGGAGACGCAUUGGGUUUGCUUGUUCAAAAUAUUUCCUCUGCUAUAACUGGUUUGGUCAUUGCUUUCCUUGCAAACUGGAUUCUGGCAUUGAUAGUCCUCGUCUUAAUCCCUCUCAUCGGAAUCAGUGGUUAUCUCCAAGUAAAGUUUAUGCAGGGAUUUAGUGCUGAUGCAAAGAAGAAGUACGAGGAGGCUAGCCAAGUUGCCAACGAUGCAGUUGGGAGUAUCAGAACAGUUGCUUCUUUUUGUGCGGAGGAGAAGAUAAUUCGAUUGUAUGAAGUGAAAUGUGAAGCCCCUAUAAAAGCUGGUAUAAAACGAGGCUUGGUUAGUGGGGCAGGUUUUGGGGUGUCCUUUGCUUUCCUUUUCGGUGUGUAUGGCGUCUGUUUCUACGCAGGAGCACAGCUUGUUGGCCAUGGAAGAACAACUUUUCCUGAUGUUUUCAGAGUAUUCUUUGCACUUGCUAUGGCAGCAGUAGGAAUAUCGCAAACAAGCUCCUUAGCUCCAGAUACUAGCAAAGCCAAGAGUGCCACUGCUUCAGUAUUCUCGAUUCUUGAUCGCAAAUCUAAGAUAAACUCAAGUGAUGAAUCUGGAAUGACAAUUGAUCAAGUGAAGGGUGAAAUUCAGCUUCGACAAGUGAGUUUUACAUAUCCCACUAGACCUGAUGUUCACAUCUUUCAAGACCUAUGCUUGACCAUUCAUGCAGGAAAGACAGUGGCUAUUGUUGGAGAAAGUGGGAGCGGAAAAUCAACUGUCAUAUCCCUGUUGCAAAGAUUCUAUGAUCUAGAUUCUGGUUGUAUUACUCUAGACGACAUUGAAAUUCAAAAGCUUCAGUUAAAGUGGUUAAGGCAACAAAUGGGACUUGUAAGCCAAGAACCUGUUCUGUUUAAUGAAACAAUACGAGCUAAUAUUGCAUAUGGGAAGGGAGGCAACGCCACUGAGGAUGAAAUAGUAACUGCUGCAAAGCAAGCAAACGCGCACAACUUCAUCAGUAGCUUACAACAGGGAUAUGAUACAGUUGUUGGUGAAAGAGGAGUGCAACUAUCAGGAGGCCAAAAACAACGAGUUGCAAUAGCACGUGCCAUAGUAAAGAAUCCGAGAAUACUCCUAUUGGAUGAAGCUACAAGCGCGCUUGAUGCAGAAUCUGAGAGAGUAGUGCAGGAUGCAUUGGAUCAAGUGGUGGUGAACCGUACUACUAUUGUUGUUGCUCAUAGGUUAUCCACCAUAAAGAAUGCAGACGUGAUUGCAGUCAUUCAAAAUGGUGUUGUUGCAGAGAAAGGGAAGCAUGAUACUCUAAUUCGUAUCCAAGAUGGUUUAUAUGCUUCUUUGGUUGCGCUUCAUAUUACUGCUGCCUCCUAGUCUUCCUUGCUUG